CAGGAAAAGAGUUCUUUGUGGGAUUAUCAAAGAGAACCAAUCAGAGAGGAGCAGAGAUCCUGGCCAACACCUUUAAGGAUUACGCUGUGUCCACUAUCCCUGUAGAGGAGGGUCUCCAUCUGAAGAGCUUCUGCAGUAUGGCUGGUCCAAACCUCAUCGCCAUCGGCUCCAGUGAUGCCGCACAGAAGGCCCUGAAGGUAAUACAGCAGAUGAGUGAUUGUAAAUAUGAGAAGCUGACGGUUCCUGAUGAUCGGGCUGCAAACUGUGUGUACAUGAACCUGCCGGGGAAAGGAGACGUUCUGCUGCACUGCACACCUGAAGUGUUUCCUGAGAGCGCCAAGGUGUUCGAGAGGCUGAAGAGUCACAUGCUCAUCCCAGUGUCCAAUCAGGAGAAGAUGAAGGUGGACGGAGCACUGACCUGCCUAUCAGUGCUCUUACGCAUCUGACACACACCAGAGAGAGAGAGAGAGAGAGAGAGUGUGGGUCUGUGUCUCUGUGUGUGUGUUAGUGUGUAUGUGGGGCUUUGUGCGUGUGUGACUGAGUCUGUGUGUGUUCUUCUAUACUCACUCAGUGGCUGUUUAAAGCACUUGAAUCUUCUCAGAGUUUUCUAACUCUCCCUCUAGAAGAGAUGAGUGUGUUUAAUCUGAAGAAACAAGAAUUUCAUUCAAUCAGUUUUCUAAUAUGCAGGUAAACAGACGUCAUGUUUCUACCUCUCUACCUCUUUUCUUUAAUUAACCAGUGCAGUCGCAGUGAAGAGCUGUUAAUGAGUAACUGAAGGAAACCAUAUUCACAAAUAAUCUAAAUAUUCACAGUUGUGUCUUGUUUGCCAUUAAAUAUGAGUCAAUACAUGCUAACAUUAGCAUUAUAAAUCAAAUGUAAUUCAGAAAUGUUGACUGUUUUCUACAUAUACUCUAUGUACAUUGCAUACUAAAUUACACAUUUCCUCCCAUAUGCAGUAAAAACGUAUUAUUAGAAGACCAAAUUCAUUAUAGAAUACAUUGUUUUAAACAUUAGACCGCUUUCCUUAUGUGUUAAUACUCGUUACCCUUAUAGUCAUUGAGCUAGAGUCAAUAUUAUGUUCUUGAACCAUACUACAGCCUAAUAACUGUAUUAUGGGCUACAGAAUCUAUUAAAGUAUCUACAGCUCUAUGUUAAUGAGUGCUCCAGGAUACUGUAGUGUUAACUAUAGUGAACUGAUCACCUGUAAUAAACACUGUAGUGUAAAUUAGAUUUUACUACAGUAAACGGUGCUGUAGUGAAGGCUAAUAUAGUAGAAUACUGUAGAAUCACAACAGAUCAAUUACCAUUGUUGUGUUACCAUAGCAACUGUAGAAUCAUCACAUCAGCUUAAUUAUUGUAAUUGUGUUACCAUGGCAACUGUAGAAUCACAACAGAUCAUUUACCAUAGUAAUUGUUACCAUAGCAACUGUAGAAUCCCCACAACAGAUCAAUUACUAUAGUUUUUGUUACCUUGGCAACUGUAAAAACACCACAACAAAAACAAUUAUUAUUGUCGUGUUACCAUAGCAACUGUCGAAUCCCAACAACAGAUCAUUUUAAACUGUUUGUGCCAUAAUAAUCUCUUUAACACUGUGUGCUAUUCACUCUUUGUGACGGCUUUGGUAAAUAAAAGUAAUCAGCUUUAUGAA